AUGAACAGGGCACUCUGCACCUUCUCCCUCGUCCUAGCCUCCUCUCUCGUCCUCCUCCAUGCUGAAUCCGCGGCAAACGACAUCGUCGUGGACACUUGCAAGAAGGUCUCAAGCCGGGACUUGAGCUACGACUUCUGCGUGCAGGCUCUCAGAUCGGACCCGAAGAGCCGAACGGCGGACCUCCAGGGCUUGGGCCUCGUCGCGCUCAACCUGUUGGAACGCAACGUGACGAGCACGGGCUCGUACGUUCAGCAGCUGCUGAAGCGGAAGUGGGAUCGGUUUGUCCGGGUGCGCUUGUCGGAUUGCUCGGAGCUGUACUCGGAGGCGGUCCUGCACACGAGAGAGUCGAUCGAGGCGUACCGGGCGAAGCGUUACCCGGACGUUCAGAACUGGCUGUCCAUGGUGGACACGGCCGCAGACACGUGCGAGAGCCAGUUCAAGGAGAAGCCGGGCGCGAGCUCGCCGUUGACGAAGCAGAACGGAGACGCGAUGCAGCUGGGCGCCCUAGGACUUAACAUGGUUGCGAUUAUUGCGGGGUCGUGA